AUGUCCGAAUCCCUCGCCGCAUUCCGCAGACACCGUCGCGACGAACUCGCAAAACUCGCCGACCAACACCUCCAGCACGAUCUCCAAGAAUCAGACCGCGAUGCCCUCAAAGCCGCGACCACACGAGUCUCAACCUGGACUUUGAUUGGGUCCGCGGUUGGAAUUGGAUUGGGAUUCUGGGUCGCUUUUCGACUCCGGAGUGCUCGGAAGAGUAUGUUUGAGGCGUUUAAGGCGGCGGAGAAGCCUGUUAAGGUUGUGUUUGCGGAUGGGCGGACAGAGAGUAUCCCCGAUAUCACACCUUUCCUGAGACCGUCUACACUGGGAGAUUUUGCGACUUAUUUCUUUGCUUCUGCCGGAGGAUUGUUCCUAGGCGGAGAGCUCGGCCUCCUGGGCGGCUCAGCGAGUGCUAGCCGCAGCAUCACCAAAGACCCCGAAAUGCGGAAAAGGAUAGAAAAUGCGUUCCGAAAGUUCAGAGCGGAUGUAUUGCGCAGGGAAGCUGACGAGCUUGAUCGGGAUGAUAAUUUGUGGGACAAGAUGUUUUGA